AUGUUUGGUAGUAAAUGUAAUAUUAUAAAAAGUGUACUUUUAUCAAGUACUCGUAAUAAUGGAUUGAAGAAUAAUUUUAGAUUAUUUUCAAGUGAAGCAACACUUGAUCAUAUUAAACUUGGUGAAAUUAAAGAUAUGAAAGAAUUUAUGAAAAUAAAGAAUGAGAAAAAUUUAGAAUUUACAAAUGAACAAUGGUUAUAUAUUUUAAAAACAAGAGGUGGUAUUGGUUUACCAAAUUAUAUGGGAUUAAAUGUUAAAGAUGUUGGUGAUGAAUCAGUUACAAUUGAAUUACCAAUUACAAAGAAUCACUUGGCAUCAAAUGGAUAUGUACAUGCAGGUAGCAUUAUAACAUUAGCUGAUACUUCUUGUGGAUAUGCAUGUUUUAAAAAAUUACCAAAAAAUUCAAUUGGUUUCACAACUAUAGAAUUAAAGUCAAAUUUUAUAGGAACUGCUAAAGAAGGUGAUCUAUUACAAUGUACUUCAACUUUAUUACAUGCUGGUAAAACUUCUCAAGUUUGGGAUGCUGUAGUCACACAUAAUAAUAGAAAAUUAGCUUUCUUUAGAUGCACUGAAAUCAUUUUAUAUCCACAACCACCAAAGAUAUCACAAUAA